UGUCUUGAUCUACUUUAUGUCAAUGGAGAGAACUAGAUUCUAAAUCCAUUUAUCUAGUUUCUAGUCUAGAUCUAGUAAUGAAAUGUAAUGAGUCGUAAAUGACUGCCUUAUGUAUGAAGAAACUGAAACUAUAGAAUAAUAGAUCUAUAGUUUCAUUGUUAGAUCUAAUCUAAAUGUUGCUUUAUAAGCGAUAAACUAAAAUGCCCUUAGACUAACUAUAAAUAGAAUUUAAUAGGUCUAGAUCAAGACUAGAGGUGCUCACAAUAUGUCAUUUAAUGUGAAACCACCACACAAAAAGAAACAACAUAGAAAUCAUCCAAAGCGGAAAUCUGAACUUAAAAGAAAUAUUUCUCCUCAUCAUACUAAAACUACCCAAAGCUCACCCAAUGAACAGGAUGUAAUACAAUUUCUUCAAAACCAGCAAGGGCCUCAAGAACCUUUAAAAAUUGCCAAAGCCCUAGGUGGUAGUACUAAAAAGUUUAUAAACCCAACAUUGUAUAGGCUGAAAGAUAAAGGAGUUUUGCAACAAAUAAGUCAGCAGCCACCUCUUUGGACCUUAUCCCCCAAUACUAUGAAUAACAAACAUCCCAGAAGUCAUUACUUAGCUCCCCAAUGCAAUCAGGAUUAUAGAUUCACACAGAACCUUGUCACAUAUACUAAAGAUGGUCUUGGAAGAGGACGAGGACAUGAUUUAUUUGGUAGUAGCUCUCCUGGACCCUGGGAAUCGGAGCAAAGCCAAUUUAAUCAGGAUCAAAUAAGUAGUAAUUUCCCACACAACCCAAUUCCAUAUGCUAGAAAUGUUUUUGGAAGAGGACAAGGACUUGAUUUUAAUGGUAUGGCUUCUUCUGGAUACAGAGAAUGUGAGCCAAGCCAUUUCAAUUAUUAUGAAUCUGUAUAUAAAUCUCAUAGAGGGCGACAGCACUUAAACAAACCUCACAAUUCCAGAAAUAAUUACAAACAUAAACCAGACAAAAAAAAUGAAUUAAAAAAAAACAGCAUUGACCUGUUCAAGCCAACUAUUGACGAUAAGGAUGCUCCUGGUGCAUAUACCAAAUCCAGUCCCGCUAAAGUUUGUUUAGAAAGUAAUGUACAAGUGCCAUCUAGGAACACUGACAAUAAUUUUGAUGCAGCUGCUGCAUUCAGAUCUGGUGGUGUCAACCAACAGUCAACAUUCAACCAAGAUUUAAUGCCCUUAGCGUCCACAUCCAGUGGUGUCAACCAGCAGUCAACUUUCAACCAAGAUUUAAUGCCCUUAGCGUCCACAUCCAGUGUUGUCAACCAGCAGUCAACUUUCAACCAAGAUUUAAUGCCCUUAGCGUCCACAUCCAGUGGUGUCAACCAGCAGUCAGUUAGUAAUGCUUGCCAUACAUCAGAAUCAGAAGAAGAGGAUGAGGAUCUUUCUCAUAGGGUUUAUGACAUUAUGCAAAGUUCUACUGGCGUGAAGUACAACAAUGUAGACUUUGAUGAUGAGGUGUAUAUUGAACCUGACUUUGACAGCUACAGUCAGGAGAGUGAAGAAGAUAUGAAUGAAGACUGGGGUGGUGCAAAGGAAAUCACAACAUAUAGUGCAGGGCAGGAUGACAUAUGUACAGAUGGUGACUCAUGUACAGAUGGUGACAUAUGUACAGAUGGUGAGGGCCAGUUUGACAAUCAGGACAAACAGAAUGAUAAUUCUUGUACUGAUGCUGGAUUCAGAGAUGAGGUUGAUAGCAUACCUAGUACAGUAGUUGUCAGGCCACUUAACCCUGCUCAGCUUUUGAAGACCCAAUUCAAUCUUGACAAUGAUAAAUCUAGUUACAAGGCAUUAUGUUUCAGGAAUGCAGGGCCAAACUCUGAGUUUGUCAUUGAUAGAUCUGUGGCACAAAACUCACAGUUCAUGAAUGACAGACCAACAGCACCAAGCUCCCACUUCAUCAAUAAUAAAGACAUGGCUUUGAUGCCUUGGUUGAAAAUCCAACCAAACUUGGCGGUUACUGAAACCUUCUCUGGAAAGACAGUGUCCAACAUGACUCUAGGCCAGCAGCUUCUGAAAGAAGGGAAAACUUGUGUGGAAGGAAUGGAGGACUUGAUCCUAUCUGACAACAAGAGUCAACCAUCCGUACGGCGACCUCCUUUGCUCAGCACGCCUUUAUUAAGAGGCUCUAACCCUAACCCAUCUACAUUUUCUUCUAGUCAAGGAAUAAGGUUUCCUUUUCAGCCCAUGGUACAGUCACAGUUGAAUAGAAACCCUCCAGCAGAAAGUCAGCCUUCUACAGUGCAGCCCAAACUUCAGAUAACUGCAGAAAGUUUUGCUGCCCUGAAUAAAAAUCCCAUCUCUGCCUUCAUGGAGUAUGCUCAGUCCAGGCAUCUUGCUGCUAGUAUUGAUCCUGUAGAUCAGCAUGGUCCUUCACACAAACCUGUCUUUGUCUACGCCGCCAAGCUUGGCAACCGCGUCUUCCCAUGUAUCUCCAGCAGCAACAAGAAAGAUGGAAAAAAAGAAGCAGCUGAACAGGCCAUAAGAAUACUGAUAGCUGAAGGACAGUAUCACUUACCCCAGCAGAUAAGUGUAAUGAAAAUGCCAGAGUCAAGUAUGACAGAACAUGACAAGAUUGCUGCAAAAGUUCACCAGACUUACAAUCAGCUCAUUGCCACUGUCCCUGAAAGUUUCCCAGGCAGGAAGGUUAUUGCUGGCAUUGUUAUGCAGAUUGAUUCAAUUGAAUCUGCUGAAGUUGUUUCCAUAGGAUCAGGCAAUCGCUGUAUCACUGGAGACAAACUGAGUCAGGAAGGCAACACAGUGAAUGACUGCCAUGCUGAAAUAAUCACUAGGCGGGGCUUGAUAAGUUUCUUAUGGGACCAAGUCAUUGCUUAUGCAAGCAACAAGGAAAGCUCAAUUUUAGAGCAAUCAAUGUUGACUGGUAAAUUAGCUAUUAGACCUAAUGUAAAAUUCCACCUGUAUAUUUCCACUGCCCCUUGUGGAGAUGGAGCACUGUUCUCACCAAGGGAUGUGAAAUCCAAUAAUUCACCAUUAACAGAUGGUUCCAUACAUCGUCCAGUUUACACAAACAAUGCACAUGGUGUGCUGAGGACCAAGAUGGAGGGAGGUGAAGGAACUAUACCAAUUGAAGCCAGUUAUAAAGAGCAGGCAUGGGAUGGACUCAUCACUGGGGAAAGACUUCGUACAAUGUCCUGCAGUGACAAAAUCUGCCGGUGGAAUGUUCUGGGUAUGCAGGGAGCCCUUCUGGGACACUUUCUGGACCCGGUCUAUCUCAGCUCCAUCACACUGGGUUACUUGUAUGAUCAUAGUCACUUGUGUAGAGCAGUUUGUUGUCGUCUUGAUCGUGGAGAUUCAUCCCUUAAUGAACAGUUACCCCAACCCUACCACCUGAACCACCCAGUUCUGGGUCGAGUAACAGCAUGUGAUCCUCCACGUGAAACCCAAAAGACUAAGUCUUAUAGUGUGAAUUGGAGGCUUGGAGAAGACAGGCCUGAAAUCUUAGAUGGCAGUCUUGGAAUUUGUUACUCUGCACUAGAGCAAAAGAUGUUCUCAAGACUAUCCAAGAAGAAUAUGUUUGACAAGUACAAAAGAGCCUGUGCUGCCCACAGAAGAUCAGAGCUCCCCAGUGGAAGCACAUACUAUGCCACCAAAAGAAUGAACCAGUCCUUCCUUCAGGCUAAAGAAGCUAUGUUUAAACAGUUCAGAGCUACAGGCUGCGGAAAGUGGAUCAGUAAGCCUCAAGAGGAAGAGAUGUUUUCUUAAUGUUUGUUGAAUGGUUGGAAAAGAAAGAGAAGUUGAAUUGAAAGACAGAAAUGACUUGUAAUUGUUGUGCUCUAUAUCGUGAACCAAAUUCUUAUGAAUAGUUCUGGAUUGUCUCAAAGUAUGUAAUUGGUGUUACUUUGAGCACUGGACUAAAUUCUAUUGAAGACUAUAGCUUGUACCUCAUGCUUAUAAGGAAUGCUAGUUUGUCAAAUGUAAUUCAAUCUUUCUUUUCCAUCUACUCAACAAAGAUUAAAAAAUCACUCACCUUGGAGUCUUUAAAGGAUACUGUAGCAGUUUGAAUUUUUAUGAGAAGCUCAUUUGCUCUGCAACACCACAUUAAUUGAAGACAUUUUCAAAGUUCUGACGUGGUUUAAUUACUAAAUGAAGCGAUAAGUUCAUGCCUUAGCAAUUUAAUUACUAAAUUUAAUGUAUAGUUACUGAAGUCAGAAUGAAAAAAAAUGACCACUAUUUUUGUCAUUUUUUAUAUUUCUAUAUUUAGAAAAUGUACCACAUCUUUAAUUUGUAACUAAGUUAUAAAGUUUGCACAUUUAUAGUUAAUAAAAGUAUUUUAUAUCUUUGCCAAGUACAAUUUUGACAGUAGAUAAGGGUUUCUAUAGGACCAUUUAAAAUCUCAAUCACGUACUUGGAUAGAAACCCUUUAAAUUUCUUUAUUUAAUUAAGGACAAGUAAAAAAAAUUAAUGACUUUUUAAAUUGUAAUUUGACUUUGUUUUUCUAGUUGUGUUUUUUGUUUAACUUGUGCUUUUUUUUUUUUUUACAAAGCAUAUAUCAACUCACUCUUGUCUGUCCGUGUCUAACUAUAAGAGGUGGACAGUCUUGACUAAAUUCUUUGUACAUUACUAAGUCAAGAAAAAUAUGACGGAAAAAAACAACAACCUUCAAACAUCAUUUUUGACAACAGGUUUUUAUUCUAAAAGUAUAACUUUAUUCCACUCAUGUAUGAUUAACGAAAUUUAAUUUUCAAACACAGAAACUUCAACCAGAAUUUUUUUUUUCUUUUUUUUUAAACCUAAAUUAGUUUAGAGGGCAAAGUAUGUAUAGACUUCUGAUUGUUAGGUUAAUUAUACGACGCACACUCUAACUCAUGGCCUGAAAAUAAAUAAACUGAACCUGCCCCAUGUACUGAAAGGUCUUGAAGUUGACCUUUUUUUUUUCUUUGUCUGUACUGGAUUAAUGAAAGUUGACAACACUUUUCAAAUAAAAAAAAACAUUUAUUUUGAGACAGCUACAACUUAUUGCUAUUUUA